CAGCUUGGUUUUCAAAGCAGGUGUGAUAUCACAGGCCACUGUCAUGGUUCCUUGGAGAAGACAUUGUGAGCUCAUCUAUCUGACUUCUGCCAAACGUCUGUGCUUCUUUGCCCUUUUCCUGCUUUUGACCUGGCCUCCCCUCGUUCAUGCCGAUGCAGCGGCUGCGGUUAACCAUGGCAGCACGAGCGGGUUGGAGAACAAAAAGGAGGCUUAUCGCAGCGAUCCUGCCCACCUUAUUGUGCCCACGGGCCACGACACGAAAUACGACAAGGUGGACGAGCUGACGAACCUGCUCCAGCAAAAAGUCGCGGCCCUCGUCAACGCGGAAAAAGCCAUCACCUCCCUUGAAAAUCAGCUCAACAUCGCCUCCAAACAACUUGAAACGACAGCACAAAGCCUGUCCGCCUCUGACAGAGAGACCUCGAGGCUCACGCAAGAGGUCAAGGAGCUGACGCACAAGUUGGAUGCAGCCGAAGCCUCCGCCGUGGCGGCGACUGCUCAAGCCACUGUCGCUGUCGACACUGCCACUGCGGCAGCCAAGAAGGAGACUGCGGCAUGGAUAGCCAGGGCGGAAAAGGCAGAGGCGGGCAUGGACGUGGCGGUGACGGAGGCGACGCGGCUGAAGGCCGAGACGCAGGCCUUGCAAGCCAGCGUGGCCGCGGGCAAGGGCCUGGAGGGGCAGUGGUCUGAGGAGAAAGCGCGGAUGGAGAAGGAGCUGGCGAUCGUGCGGGAAGAGAAGGAUCAGGCCGUGGCGGGUUUGGAACGGGCGGCGGCCGAGGCGAAAGCCCGGGUGGAGGAGGAAAAGGAAGGGACCGAAGCAGCGAUGGGGAGGAUGAGGGAAGAAGCCGCGGCAGCCGUAGCGGAAGAGAGGGAGAAGACAGCCGCAGCAGUCAGCAAGGCCCAAGAGGAGCUUUCCCGGGCGUUGCAGGUGGAAAGGGAGAAGCGGGAGGAGGCGGUCUCGGCAGCCAUGGGGGAGGCUACAAGGGCCAAGACCAGGGUGCAGGCGCUGGAGCGAGAGGUGGCGGACGCGGAUCGGCGGAUAGCGAGCGCGCAAGAACAGCUCUCAGGGAAAUUGGCGCAAAGGGAGAAGGAGACGGAGGCGCUUCGGGCCAAGCUGGAAGAGGUGCUGGCCACCAAGUACACCUGGCGGGUGCUGUCGGGGGAUUUCUCGGCGUUCUGCGGGCGCAUGGCGGCCCUUACACAGGCAAAGGCUCGGUGCGGGAUAAGCUGGGCUGCACGAGAAGGCAAGAGGCGAGGAGAAGAGGCGGGGCGGAUGCUGCAACCGCAUGUGGAGGCCGCGCGGAUGGCCCUAGGCUCUCAGUGCCGGGAGAUGGAGAAGAGGAUCCAGCCCCUGUGGACGGCCCACGUGCUACCCCCUUAUCGGGAGCACGUAGAGCCCCGACUGGCUCAGGCGGCGGCAUACCUGGGACCGGUGUGGGAAGGAGAGGUCCGGCCCCGGUUGCUGCAAGGCUGGGAGUGGGGAAAGCGGGGGCGGGGCGCGCGCGAGCAUGGGGCCGGGCGCGAGUGGUUGGCGGUGAAACGGAGGGCAGUCAUUUGGGUAAGGGGACAGGACUGGGCGGCCGGAUUGGACGCGGAACGAGUGGUCACGAGCCUUGAAUACGUGCUGGUCGCCACCCUCUUCUUCCUCCUUCGGCACCUGCUCUGGCGCCUUGUCAUGACAGCCCUAGGCCUUGUGGUGGGGCUGAUCACGCUGCCCUUCCGGAUCCUCUUUUGGAUUUUCUUCUGGCCGGUCUUGCUUUUUGGCGGGAAGAGAAAGGCGAAGAUGGAGAUAGAAGGGCCGCAGAGGGGGGGAGCGGGGAAGGCAGGAGGGGGUGGAGGGAAAGGGCGAGGGGCUCCGGGCGGCCCGCCGCCGACGCACCCGUUGGCACACGCGCAGCAUGGCCGGUAA